CUCGGUGUGUGUGGGCGGUGCUGAGCUGGUGCUGGGUGGGUUAGUCCCGGGUGGACAGGGUGAACGGACUGGGCUCCCUUGGUCAGAGUGAGAGCAGGCUGUGUCCCACAUUCCCCACUGGCAUGGCCCUCCAACUUUACGCUGACCUGGCCUCUCAGCCCUGUCGCUCCGUCUACCUGUUCAUCAGGAUCAAUAACAUUCCCUUUGAAUUGAAGGAGGUGCGGCUGAUUGCAGGAGAACAACAUUCGGAGGAGUUUCGGAAAGUGAAUCCCCUGGGAAAGGUGCCGGUGAUAAAGGAUGGAGAGUUCACCCUGUGCGAGAGUGUGGCGAUUCUCACAUACCUGGCAUGUAAAUACAAGACCCCUGACCACUGGUACCCAGCGGAGCUCCAGAGGCGUGCCCGAGUGGAUGAGUAUCUGGCCUGGCAGCACACAGCUCUGAGACCAUUACCUGGGAAAAUCUUCAUGAUGAAGGGUUUAUUCCCAGUCAUGAUGGGGGCACCAUGUCCUGAAGACAAGAUGACAGAGGUCAAGGUUGAACUGGCCCAAGCCCUGAAGAGUUUCCAAGAGAAGUUCCUUCAGGAGAGGCCGUACAUUGCUGGCUCGGAGAUCUCCCUGGCUGACCUGGUGGCCAUUGUUGAUCUUGCGCAGCCCCUCGGUGUUGGCUAUGACCCAUUGGAAGGUUUGCCCGCGCUCACUGCUUGGCGUGAUCGGGUGAAGACGGCAGUCGGCAGAGAUUUAUUCGACAAGACCCACGAAGGAGUCCUCACAGCCCUGGAUACGCUCAAGUCUCUGUCCCAGAGCCAGCCUGAAACCCUGGCAGCUUUAAAAACCAACUUCAUGAAGUACUUCAAGUAAAAUGGCAAAGAGUUCACGACACAGACCCCAACUCCCCCUCCCCUCCCCCCUCACAGUGCAGUAAAACGACUGAUUCCACCUCCAUCCUUCUCAUCCUGUCCAGCCUCAUCAAUCUGCUCUCAUCCUAUGGAGAAUAGAGAAUAAAGAUCCAACUAAAGCUGGCCAUCA